UCACUGGAACUCAUCUCAACUCAAGUACUACUCUCUAGCGGUAGCUCACAAUGGCAGGCACAAAGCUAAUAUCACUGGGGCUCAUUGUUCUCAUGAGCAUGGGAUUAGCAAAUGCUGUGAGGGUGGCUAGAUACUCUAGUGCUGAUGGGUCAGGACAAGGAGGGGGAGGGGGUGGCGGAUAUGUGACUGGUGCGGGAUCAGGGGGAGGGGGCGGCACCGGAUUAGGUGAGAGUGGUCCGAAUGGUGCCCAUGCAAGUGCUGGAGGGGGUGGCGCAGGUGGUGGAACUAGCCAAAAUGCCGGGUCUGCAUGGGGUGUAGGGUUAGGGUCAGGUUCAGGGAGUAGUACAUAUAGUGGUAGUGGAGAAUCUUCCGAUGCUGGUGGUACUGGUGGGGGUGGAGGUGGUGGUCAAGCUGGAGGUUCUUGGGACUCCAAUGCUCAAGGUUCUGGUAGUGGCAUCGGAUCAGGCUCUAGCUAUGCUAACAGGUAUUGGAACGGACCAAGUUAUGCAGGUGCAAAUGCUAAUGGCAAUGGUGGUGGCACAGGGAACAGCUACAACGGUGGGGCUGGCGGCGGUAAAGGUGCUGGAUCUGGGUAUGGCAAUGCCUACCCCUGAAUUUUGUAUCAAGUCAAUCUAAAGUUGGAGCCCAUCGUCCUUUCUUGUUUGAAGUCACAGAUUUUUUUUUUUGGUUAUCCUUUUGUUAGAAUUGAAUUAAUAAAGGGCCCAACUGUGUCUAUUGUAAGCAUGUAAGGUGCAGCUUAUGAGAAAAUGUAGGCACGCCAGUUUAUGAAAGAAAUCAUACUCUGUCAUUUGGUCACUACACCUGAAGAAUUUUUUUAGAAAAAAAAAA